UUCCUUCCUUUCCCUUCCAUGGCUUCCCCUCAUCCUCUUCCUCUCUGCACUUUUCAUCAUCCUAAAAUGGAAAGCCACAACAAAUAGAAGAAAGCGUAAUUUUCCCCUAAGCCCACCAAAGCUUCCAAUCAUUGGAAACUUGCAUCAACUUGGCAAGUUCCCACACAAAUCCCUAUGGCGCCUCUCUCAGCUUUACGGUCCCAUUAUGAGUCUCAGUCUCGGUGGUAUAGAAACUACCAUCAUAUCUUCUGUCGAGACUGCUCGAGCCUUCUUGAAAACUCAUGAUCUUCAAAGUUGUAGCUGACCACAAACCCAAACUUUCAAGAAAAUCACUUACAACUUUCUUGACAUUGUGUUUUCACCUUAUAGUGAUUACUGGCGAGAGAUGCGUAAAAUUUAUACUCUUGAGCUUUUCAGUAUGAAGAGGGUGAUAUCUUAUGAAUCUGUUCGAGUGCAAGAAGUUGGUUUGCUUAUUGAAUCGAUUUCAAAAUUGGCUUCUUGUGGAGCUAUUGUUGAUCUUACUCGUAAGUCAUUUGCUCUCACGACUGCCACUACUUUUAGAAUUGCUUUUGGGAAGGAGUUUGAAGGGGAUGGAUUUCAUGAAGUUGUGAGUGAAGUUCAGGCCUGGUUGGGAAGCUAUAAUGCUUCUGAAUUCUUUCUUGUUCCUUUUGUGGGGAAGGUCUUUGAUUGGUUAAGUGGACAAGAAGCUAGACUUGAGAGGGUUUUUAAUGAGAUUGAUUCUCUAUUUCAAGAGGUGAUUGAUGAACAUCUUCGUCCCGAGAGGCCUAAACCAGAGCAAGAUGAUAUCAUUGAUGUGCUUUUGGCUAUUAGUAAAAAACAAGUUGAAUCUUCCAUUACUGUCAUUACUCGUGAAAACAUCAAAGCCAUUUUCGUAAGCAAUUUCCAUCCCUAA